AACGUGCAUUUCCAUUGAAAUGCUCUCGGCCGAAAGGGCAAGAAAAGCAUCUCCUUCACACGCAUGCCCUGCGAUUCCUCUUGACGACGGCUACUACUAGUAGUAGGCCAGUAGUAGGCUAGCAGCUAGCUGCUGUACAGUGCACCACACGCAACGCCUGUGAGCAGAUACGCUGCGAGCUCCGAUUCACGGGGGCAGCCUAUUUAAGCAGGCAGGGGGCGCGGCGCUGGUCGCUACAUCGCUCUCGCUCCCGCCUCCCGCCACGGCCUCCAUCAUCAUCAACGCCGGCUGCAGCUAGCAUGGCGGCACCGACGCUGGCACUACUCGUGACGCUGGCAGCGCUGCACAGUGCAGCAGUCGUACUUGCCGGGGACCCGCCGUUCUCGUGCGGCCCUACGUCCGCGGAGGCGUCCGAGGGCCUUGCGUUCUGCGACGUGACGCUGUCCCCGGCGCAGCGCGCCGCGGACCUGGUGUCCCGGCUGACGCCUGCGGAGAAGAUCGCGCAGCUGGGCGACCAGGCGACCGGGGUCCCGCGGCUGGGCGUCCCAGGGUACAAGUGGUGGAACGAGGCGCUUCAUGGUCUGGCCACCUCGGGCAAGGGGCUUCACUUCGACGUCGUGGGAGGCGUCCGUGCCGCCACCAGCUUCCCGCAGGUGUUGCUCACCGCCGCCGCCUUCGACGACGACCUCUGGUUCCGCAUCGGCCAGGCGAUCGGCCGGGAGGCUAGGGCGCUGUUCAACGUCGGCCAGGCGGAGGGUCUCACAAUCUGGUCCCCGAACGUGAACAUCUUCCGGGACCCGCGCUGGGGGCGAGGUCAAGAGACACCCGGCGAGGACCCGGCCGUGGCAAGCCGCUACGCCGUCGCCUUCGUCCGGGGCAUCCAGGGGAACAGCUCGUCCUCGCUCCUGCAGACCUCGGCGUGCUGCAAGCACGCUACGGCCUACGACCUGGAGGACUGGAACGGCGUGGCGCGCUACAGUUUCGUGGCCCGCGUGACGGCGCAGGACCUGGAGGACACCUUCAACCCGCCGUUCCGUAGCUGUGUCGUGGAAGGAAAGGCCAGCUGCAUCAUGUGCGCCUACACGGCCAUCAACGGCGUGCCGGCGUGCGCGAACACUGACCUGCUCACCGGGACCGUCAGGGGGGACUGGGGUCUCGACGGGUACGUUGCCUCGGACUGCGAUGCCGUGGCCAUCAUGCGCGACGCGCAGCGGUACGCGCCCACGCCGGAGGAUGCCGUCGCCGUCUCGCUCAAGGCUGGACUGGACAUAGACUGUGGCUCUUACAUCCAGCAGCAUGCCACGGCUGCAAUCCAGCAGGGGAAGCUGACGGAGCUGGACAUCGACAAGGCCCUCGUCAACCUCUUCGCGGUCCGGAUGCGGCUGGGACACUUCGAUGGCGACCCGAGGAAAAACAUGUACGGCGCCCUCAGCGCCGCGGACAUCUGCACGCCGGAGCACAGGAGUCUUGCGCUCGAGGCAGCACAGGACGGCAUCGUGCUGCUCAAGAACGAUGGCGGCAUCCUCCCACUCGACCGGUCCACGGUCACCUCCGCAGCCGUCAUCGGCCCCAAUUCCAACGACGGCAUGGCGCUUAUUGCCAACUAUUUCGGUCCGCCGUGCGAAUCAACGACGCCGCUUCAGGGGCUCCAAAGCUACGUGAACAAUGUGAGGUUCCUGGCCGGCUGCAGUUCGGCGGCCUGCGAUGUCGCCGUCACGGACCAGGCUGUGGUGCUGUCGGGCUCGGAGGACUACGUGUUCCUGUUCAUGGGACUGAGCCAGCAACAGGAGAGUGAAGGGAAGGAUAGGACGAGCCUGCUCCUUCCGGGAAUGCAGCAGAGCCUCAUCACUGCCGUUGCCGACGCGUCAAAGCGACCAGUUAUCCUGGUGCUUCUCUCCGGCGGACCGGUGGACAUCACGUUCGCGCAGUCCAACCCAAAGAUCGGUGCCAUCCUGUGGGCUGGGUAUCCCGGACAGGCCGGCGGCCUCGCCAUCGCCAAAGUGCUAUUCGGCGACCACAACCCCAGCGGGAGGCUGCCAAUGACGUGGUACCCGGAGGACUUCACCAAGGUGCCCAUGACGGACAUGAGGAUGCGUGCCGACCCGACCAGCGGCUACCCUGGACGGAGUUACCGAUUCUACCAGGGCAACGCCGUCUAUAAGUUCGGCUACGGCCUCAGCUACUCCACUUUCUCCAGCCGGCUACUCUACGGAACCAGUAUGCCUGCGCUCUCGAGCACUGUUCUCGCUGGCUUAAGAGAGACGGUGACAGAGGAAGGCGACCGUAGCUACCACAUCGAUGACAUCGGCACUGACGGAUGCGAACAGCUCAAGUUUCCAGCCAUGGUGGAGGUACAGAACCACGGCCCCAUGGACGGGAAGCACUCGGCGCUGAUGUUCCUCCGGUGGCCAAACACGAAUGGAGGCCGCCCAGCAAGCCAGCUGAUUGGGUUCAUGAGCCAGCAUCUCAAGGCAGGGGAGACGGCCAACCUCAGAUUUGACAUCAGUCCGUGUGAGCAUUUCAGCAGGGUGAGGGCGGAUGGCAUGAAGGUGAUCGAUAUUGGGUCUCAUUUCCUCACGGUUGACAACCAUGCAAUCGAGAUUAGGUUUGAGGCUUGAUUCCUAGAUGGAGGGCAAAGUACAGUUCAAUACGACGCCAUUAUUUCUUUGUAUGAUUUAGAGCUUCAUUGUUCAUUCAUGUUAUAGAAAGUGAAAAUAAUCAAAGAAGAGACAUGUUCCCUCUGAA